AUGGGUGCUGGGGGUGGAAAGCUUCGCCACGUCAAGAAGGAGAGCCCCAUCAACACAUGGAUGCUGCAGGAGACCCUAGGCUCAGGAUCAUAUGGAAAAGUGCACAAGGUACGAAACCGCGCCACGGGCGAGCUUGCAGCCGCCAAGGUCGCCCCUAUUCAAGCCCAGGAAGAGCUACAGAACUUCGCCACGGAGAUUGAAAUCCUAACAUCCUGCAAACAUCGGAACAUUACAAACUUUAUAGAUGCGUACUACAACAACAACGAGCUGUGGAUCUUGCUGGAAGUGUGCGAUGCCGGAUCCCUUGCCGGAUACGUCGAGAAGCAACCGACGGGCCUGCCUGAGGAUGCCAUCGAGUGCAUCGCGCACCAGAUGGUCAAGGGCAUUCGCUUCUUGCACGGCUGCGGCGUCAUCCAUCGCGAUAUCAACGCCAGCAACACCCUCGUCACUUGUGACGGGAUGGUGAAGCUUGCAGACUUUGGCGUGUCCGCCUUCAACAAGCAGGAUGGCGCCAAGCGCAACACGUUUGUUGGCAGCCCGCACUGGAUGGCACCCGAAGUGAUUGUCUGCGAGCACGACCGCAAGGCAAAAUACGACAGCCUGUGCGACGUGUGGUCGUUUGGCAUUACCAUGAUGGAGCUUGCCCAGGGCCACCCGCCCUACCACGACCUCCACCCCGUCAAGGUGCUGUUCAAGCUUGCGUCGGGGGCGCCGCCAAAGCUCGACGACCCGGCCCGGUUUUCCCGCCAGUUUGUCGAAUUUGUCGCAGCAUGCCUCGUCAAGGACCCAGCCACACGACCAACAGCUGCACAACUGCUGAGUCAGCCGUUUUGCAUGGACAAAUCCCACCCUUCUGCGCUGUGCAGAUUAUUGCGAAGCCUCAGAUGA